GACACUUGUACGCUCUUGAACCUGGUGGUUUUUUUUCCCCUUCAUCGAUCGGUUCCCGUCCAAGAGUUAGGAUUCGAAAACGGAGUGGACCAGUUCGCACAGCGACUAACGAAACCGAUCGGAAUGGAGAAAAGUACCGGGCGGAGGUAUGAGGAAGAGGCGUCCGAGCAGCUGGUGGAUUACAGUAAAAAGUACAUCGAGAGAAAAACCAUUGUCCAGGACCAUCCGAUCGAGAAUUCAUCUCGAGACGGUCGAUCCUGCAAAAAGGAAUUCAGGGAACGGAACUCCAAGGUGGAUCUGUUCGGUGACUAUGCCGAGACCGACUUGGAUCAACCGACAGAUUACAGUCUCAGGUACGCCGAAGAUGACACGGACGACGAUGAGAAACAAAGUCCCGAGUAUUUUUCCGGCAGCGUGCAGGAGGACACGGUUAAGACGUAUUGUACUGAAGGAACGCCGUACGAGACGCCUUUUAAUUUCUCAACAGCGACAUCGAUGUCCGAUUUACGAUUGGAGGACUCUAAGGAAUCGACGGAUACCCAGAAAAAGCCGACUAAAAAGGCCCACGAUCGAGACAGCAAAGAGGAUUUAAGUUUCGAGCAUAACCUACCUAUGAACUGCAACGAAAAUCAGUCCCUUCUGGACGAGAAAGAAUUGGAAGCCCCGAAACCAUCCCAGACAUGCAAGCCUAGCCGUCUUUCUCCUGAGAAGAUGCUUGAUUACUAUCAACCUGGAACGUCUGAUGGUUUCUCUCGUGUUAAUUCCCUUAGUUCUCUUGGCAGUGCAAUGACGCAAAGAAACAAUAAUACUGGAAUUACCUCGAAAGUAUCUUCUACUGACUCGACUGAUAAAAUUGACAGUGGCUCUGAAAGAGCAGAUUGCAAUGGGAAUGGUUCCGCGGUUAAUGGUUUACGUAUAUCCAACGAAGCAGAUAGUCCAGCAGAAGGAAAGAAUAAUUCUAGAGUUGUGGACAAAGAAGGGAAAAUGGUGACUUUUAGUAGACAGGAUUUCUAUGCUGAACAAACUCCUUUGAUGUUCUCACGUUGCAGUUCCCUUGGCUCGUUGAGUGGUUUUGAACAGCAUUCUAUACACGACGAUCGCAGCUCUAUUAUCAGUGACUUUAGCCGUAGGACUAGCGGAGUUGUGUCUCCGAGUGAAUUACCUGAUUCACCCACUCAAACGAUUCCUUCUAGUCCGCGUAACCACAAGAGUCAGUGCUCGGAUUUCGUAAGCAAAACACCUGAAGAAGCAGUAAGACCGACCGUUCGACACUUAUCAUACUCAAAGUGUCAUGCGCCACGUAUAAGUGUCUUCGAGGAUGACAUUGCGACCUUCAAGGAAGAAUCAACGCCUAUUGAAUUCUCUACAGCCACCAGUCUCAGCUCGCUUACUAUCGACGACGAGGUCAAGAUCACCGAGACCACUAAAGCAAUGUCCGAAGUGAAAGUGGCUUCGAACGAUACUGAUAAAAAUACGAAAGAAGGUUCGUGCGAAGAAAAAACCACCAACGUGGAAGUUGAGAAGGACCAAGAACAAGUGAGCGAUGGCGAUGAAGAUGAUGAGGAUAUGCUGGCAGCGUGCAUCAGUAUGGGAAUAAAAAAUAAUAGGUAUAGACAAUCUUUUAAAACGUCCACUGCACAAAAAUCUAUACAAUCUGAAUCGUCAAACAUGCUGGCUCGUUGCCAGCAGACUGCUGUCAUAAAUAGACUGGAACCACGAGUUCCUGUCACUAACGUAGAUACUCCAGCCACAACUACUAAAGUAAAUAAAAGCACCAUAGAAGUGGUUGCUGCGCCGGAUACUGUGCAUGUGUACUGUACAGAGGACACACCAGCGGAUAUUUCCCCUGUGGGAUCGCAGUCGAAUCUCUCCGCGUUGUCCAUGCCAAGUGUUCAAGAAGACGUAGAGAGGAUCGAGGGGAUCAAGCUCUCUGGCGAAGUGGAAUGCCACAGGAAUGACCUCUCCGAUGAGAGUUCUAAUCUGUCUGGAGAAGACGAGAAGAUGCUGGACGAGUGUAUUCAGUCAGGAAUACCAAAGGUUAGACAGAUCACACCGCCACCUACCAGUUGCAUAACCUUUGCUCAGAAGACGGAAGUACCGACACAGAGAUUCAAUAAAUGCGGCACACCGUCGUCGUCUCCGGUUGAAAAUGCCAAAAAAAACGCCAUUCUCGGUAAAUCUCUGUGUCGCGCGAUUCUGCAGCACAACGACCUUUCGGACGAGAGUCCCAAUCAUUCGGACGACGAGGCCAUUUUGAGCGAAUGCAUAAGAUCUGCGAUGCCCAAGGUUAGAUUGAACAUCUCGACGUUGAUGGGGCAAUCGUUACCACCGAUUGUGGACAAGACAAAGGCGACAACAACAAGAAAACCGUCCACAUCCGCGUCCUACCGACAGCCAGAGUACACGGAACGGAGUAAGCAUCAUCAGUCAAAGAAACCGAUACCGUUCGAAGACACUCUGAGUCUCUCGGAGGAGGAGGAGGAUAUAAUGUUAGCUCAGUGCAUUAAAUCUGGCAUCCCAAAAGCGGUGAACGCUUCGUCGAGUUCGUCGUUGAUCUCGCGGAAACAAGCGGACCAGUACUCGAAAGUUAGGAUCGCUAGCGGUUCCUCUUACGUUAAUAAAUCUUAUUCGUCCAGAAACGCCACGGUACAGAGCCAAUCGGUUCAUAAACCGGUCGGAAACGAUGCGUCCAUGCACGGUGGGUCAUCCGGUGUCGCCCAUUCUGCCAAGAAUUCGGAGAUCAGACGUCUUAUAAAAAAUGGCGGCAUGUACGAGAGGAACCCGUUGCAAUCCUACAAUAGAAAACUAUCAGUGGACCAUGAGCAACAACAACAGACAGUCAACGAGACCGGUUCGAACUUCCCGCGUUCCCAGAUACCGCCUAAUUGUAGAUCCCCGAUUUCGAAUGGGACGGAUAACGACGACGACGACCAGUGUCGCGGGACAACGAAGUCGAACGUGGCGCCAUCUCGCCACAGCUCGGUGAGCUCUCUCAGCGAGGAGAGCUCCCUGGGGUCUAUCGAGGAAUGGGCGUUGUUGGAAUUGUGCAUUAUCGCCGGUAUGCCGCGGAACAAGUACCGUCUGAAGGGGAUGAAGAGCGCGGAGGGCAGCAGCCACGAGGAACGCGACACAAUACCGGAGGAUAAUUAUUCCAUAUGUAGCUACAAUUCGUAUGUCUGCAAAACAUAAGGUGUGGAGGCCGUUAACGUAUGGCGUCCUCGGGUACCUGACGCACGUUUGAAAGACUGAACACGCGUUUUUACAAUAAUCGCGUGUUAGGACCACGGGGGGGGCCAGCCGGAGGAAACGAAAAACCGACUGUUCUUUAUUUUUUUAUGUAACAUUUUAGAUAGUCUGACGCGUACGGCGGAUCUUCGACCGCGAGGAUCAGCUGAGAUAGAGCCAGGAAAGCGUAUAACUAGGAGGAUGUAAAGAGAUUGUUGUGUGGGUUGAGAGGUUGCGCGCGUACGUUAGAAUAGGAGAUUUAAUCAUGUUAAUGCACGGUUCGAGAUGACCAAGAGGGUUAUGGAACAUGGUGUACGCCGCCCUUGAUAUUUUGUCGAAUUGUUUCCGGUUCCAUGGGCCUCUGAUCACUU